AUGACAAUGUCAUCCCAUAAAAAGGAGUUGGAUGAUCUUCGGUCACCUCUCCUCCCUCCUGUGGUGAUUCAAGAGCAACCACCACUCGAGAUGCUCACGGUCGACCAAAUGUUAACCAAAUAUUGUGGCGAGUUUGGGUUUUGGCAAUUCAAGCAUUUUGUUCUCACGUGUAUGGCAUGGACACUUGAUGCCAUACACACAAUGGUUAUGAUUUUUGCUGACCGUGAACCUAGUUGGACUUGUGAACCUGGUUCUGGAUGUGUAUGGGAUUCGGACAAGAGCGUGUGUGGGCUUCAGCCUGGUUCAUGGCGAUGGGACAGUAGCGAAGGGUGGUCAACGGUGGCUGAGUGGGGACUGGUGUGUGGACAAAAGUAUAAGGUUGGGCUAGUUCAAGCUUUGUUCUUCUUUGGUUGCAUGAUAGGUGGUGGUACAUUUGGUCACCUAUCCGAUAGCAAAUUGGGAAGGAAACGAUCACUAAUGAUUGUAUGCAUUUUGAACAUCAUUUUUAGCCUAUUGACAUCCAUCUCCCUCGGUUAUUGGACCUAUGUCCUCCUCCGUCUACUCACCGGCUUCAGCAAUGGUGGGAUUGGCGUUUGUGCCUAUGUUCUCGCCAUCGAACCCAUAGGACCUGCCAAACAUGGAAUUGCAGGCAUGUCCACCUUCUAUUUUUACUCAUUCGGGAUAGCUCUUAUCUCUGGCAUAGCAUACAUAUUUCAAUCAUGGCGGUUUCUUUACAUUGCUUCUUCCAUACCCUCCGUCAUCUUUCUUCUUUUCAUGCUCCCUUUCAUCUUCGAGUCCCCACGUUGGUACCUCAUUCGAGGUAAAACAGAUGAAGCCAUGAAGAUCAUGCAGAAUAUCGCCAAAAUAAAUGGAAACCACCUCCCUGAAAAUGUGUAUAUUGUCCUAGAUAAGGAAGCUAAAAGGCGUGAUCACGAGAGUAUAGAAACUGGAACAAAAGAAAUUGUGGCCGCAUCAAUAAGAGAUGUGAUUAGGUCUCCAUUAUUGCGAAUGCGUUUGUUUCUUCUUAUGGGAAUCUACUUUACAAGCUCGAUCGUGUAUUAUGGAGUAAACUUAAAUGCCACAAACCUUAAAACUAAUAUCUACUUUAGUGUGUUACUCAAUUCGGUUGUAGAGAUGCCAGGGUAUCUUUUGGUUGCAUUCUUAAUAGAUAGGUAUGGAAGCAAGUCAUUAGGAAUAGGAGCACAGUGGUUCAGUGGAAUCUUUUGCCUUAUAGGUAGCUUGAUUGGAAGCAAAGAGAAUUGGAAGGCAACCAGGAUGGUGUGUGGAGUUUUGGGGAUAUUUGGGAUGGCUGGAACUUAUAAUUUGUUAUAUGUAUACGCGAUGGAAUUGUUUCCAACUGUAGUCCGAAGCGUAGCGAUUGGAUGUGCAAGGCAAGCGGGACAAAUAGGAUCCAUACUAGUACCUUUCGUGGUAGUUAAAAGUGCUAGUCUUUCGUUUAUGGUAUUUGGGAUAUGUGGAAUUGUGGGUGGUAUUCUUAUGUUUUUCUUGCCAGAAACAUUAAACAGGCCGUUGUAUGACACCAUGGAUGGAACGGAAAGUUGAAGAAAAUAAGUUCGCGAUGCUUGCAUAGAAACAUUUAACAAGCUAUUAUAUGAUACUAUGUACGGAGUGGCAAAUGAAACAAACAAGUUCCCAAUGCUAGCUUAGAUGACGAUGGAACUUCUAGAAAGAAAAAACGUAAGGUGGUUGAGUCUUUAAGCAUAAAUUAUUUCAUAUUGUAAGUUGUUGGUUUUUGUAUCUUAUCAUCGUGUUGAUUAAUGAAUUCUAUAAGACAUGUUAAUAGGAUUUGAGGUCAAAUAGAAAACACAAUGAAUAAUCUGUAAUUGAAGUGGAGGUUGUUUAUCCUUACUGCUACAUUAAUUAGGAAGUAUUUUGAGGGAAGGUUAAUAAAAUUAUGAACAUGGGGUGAAGAUGCCACAAUAAUACACAUGAUUUUUAUUUUAUAUGCUACAACGUAUUUGUCAAACUUGAAUUGAGUGGAGAAGAUGGAGUGUUUCACUUCAAACUUUAAAGUAACUGUUGAAAACUAUACA